AUGGCGGUCGUGCCGCAUACAGAACACACAUUUCGGAUUCUCAUUGCAGGAAGCAAAGAGCAACAAGCACCCGCCUGUCAGCCCUGCGUCUCAAGAAUGUUUAUAUUAUGGUCUGUAUGGUCUCCGGAUGGAGAGAAUCGUGUCUGGUACAUGGACGGCUACCACAACAACCGCUUCGUGCGCGAGUACAAGUCCAUGCAGGACUUCAUGACGUCGGACAACUUCACGUCCCACCGGCUGCCCCACCCGUGGUCGGGCACGGGUCAGGUGGUCUACAACGGCUCCAUCUACUUCAACAAGUUCCAGAGCCACGUGAUCAUCAAGUUCGACUUCCGCACCUCCUCCAUCAGCAAGUCCCGGCAGCUGGACUACGCCGGCUUCAACAACGCGUAUCACUACGCCUGGGGCGGCCACUCCGACAUCGACCUGAUGGUGGACGAGGGAGGCCUGUGGGCCGUCUACGCCACCAACCAGAACGCCGGCAACAUCGUGCUCAGCAAGCUGAACCCCAACACCCUGCAGAUCGUCAAGAGCUGGACCACCAACCACCCCAAGAGGAGUGCCGGCGAGUCUUUCAUGAUCUGCGGCACGCUGUACGUCACCAACGGAUACUCGGGAGGCACCAAGGUGUACUACGCCUACUCCACCAACUCCUCCACCUACGAGUACAUCGACAUCGCCUUCCAGAAUAAGUACUCGCACAUCUCCAUGCUGGACUACAACCCGCGUGACCGAGCCCUCUACGCCUGGAACAACGGCCACCAGGUGCUCUACAACGUCACGCUGUUCCACGUGAUCCGCUCAGAAGAACUGUAA